AUGCUUGAUAACAGGCCGCUGCCUGGCUGCCAGACAGAAAGCAGGAAGGAUAUCAACGAUAACAAUGUGGGGAGUGGCCAUGCCUCCCCUACAGAACAGAAUAGGUCCUCUUCUCCUCCACCUCUUCCCUCCUCCUCUCCUCCUCACCUCUCAUUCUCUCCUCUUUCCUCAUCUCCCCCACCUCUUCCCUCCUCCUCUCCUCCUCCUCUCUCCCCCUCUACUCUCUCCUCCUCUCCUCCACCCAGUUCCUUCGCGAUGCCGCCAGAUGAGGACCUCCCCACCCCCAUACAGGAGUCCCAGCCUCUCGUCACCCCACUGCUAGACACCCAGCCUCAAUCAAUCAAUGUUCAGGCAGCCUCUGCAACCCUUUCUACUACCCCUAAGCACCCCCCUAUACCCACCGAAAGUGUCCCUAUGUCCCCUAACCCCUCCUCAUUUCCAUCUCCACCCACGUCAGCCCUGGCCUCAACCCCCAGCUUUACCCAGCCCACCCAGGAAUCUCUGCCACGGCAGGUCCAACCCCAACCAAACCUCCUCACCAAGCCCAACAGACAGGUCAAGACAGGUCAGUCACAAAGCCCACAAGACAGAGAUGGGAUGGAUACAGACAGUGAUGAUGAUGCCACUGCUGUUCCUCUACGACAUCACAUGACUCAGCCCAGGGGGAUUGUGGGAAACCCUUCUCAUAAAGAGUCUGGCUCCUCCAAUCAGCGAGAGAUACUGCUUCACUCCUCCUGCCAAACAACUGAGAGACAGACAGACUGUCCAAUCAGCCACAAGGAUUCACAGGAGCUGGACCUGUCCUUCAAAUACAACUUGGGCUCCUGCAAUGAGUCGGAGAGUGACGGAUCAGUGCCAGAGUUGGAAGAACCAGAGGGGGUGCCACUGAGAUCCUCAGAACCCCAGCCCAUCUCUCCUGCUGAUGAGGGGAUUAACAGACCUAAGCAGAGCCGCAGUGAGAAGAAGGCCCGCAAGGCCAUGGGUAAGCUGGGUUUGCGGCCGGUCCACGGUGUGACCAGGAUCACUAUAAGGAAGUCGAAGAGCAUCUUGUUUGUCAUCAGCAGACCUGACGUCUUCAAGAGCCCCGCGUCAGACAUCUAUAUCGUCUUUGGAGAGGCCAAGAUAGAGGACCUGUCUCAACAGGUGCACAAGGCAGCGGCAGAGAAGUUUAAGGUCCCGGUGGAGGCCUCCCCCCUGGCGCCACCUGCACCACCCAGCCUCACCAUCAAGGAAGAGAGCGAGGAGGAGGAGGUGGACGAGGGAGGUUUGGAGCAGAGGGAUAUAGAGCUGGUGAUGGCCCAGGCUAACGUGUCCCGUUCUAAAGCUGUCCACGCCCUCAGACACAACACCAACGACAUCGUUAACGCUAUCAUGGAACUGACAAUGUGAGAGGACCCCCACCAAGCAUAAAUGCCACAGUCACAUCUGUAUCGCUGCUAUGUUGCAUUCUCCUUACCUGCUAAUAAACAGUCUGUUAUAACUACA